UUACUGCACUGGACCAUGGAGAGUGGAAAUAAUGUCACCGUGUUUAUUCUCUUAGGACUAUCUCAAAACCGGAACAUUGAAAUCCUCUGCUUUGUGUUGUUUUUAUUUUGCUAUAUUGUUAUUUGGAUGGGAAAUUUGCUCAUAAUGAUUUCUAUCACAUGCAGUCCGCUCAUUGACAAACCCAUGUAUUUCUUUCUUAAUUACCUCUCCCUCUCUGACCUUUGCUUUACAUCAACAGUGACACCCAAACUAAUGACCGAUUUACUGGCAGAAAAGAAGACCAUCUCCUAUAAUAACUGCAUGACACAGCUUUUUAUCCUUCACUUCCUUGGAGGCACUGAAAUCUUUAUCCUUACAGGGAUGGCCUAUGACCGCUGUGUGGCCAUCUGCAAGCCUCUGCACUACACCAUCAUCAUGAGCAGGCGAAAGUGUCACAUGAUCAUUGUAGCCUGUUGCACUGGAGGAUGUGUACACUCUGCCAGUCAGUUUCUCCUCACCAUCUUUCUCCCAUUCUGUGGCCCCAAUGAGAUAGAUCACUACUUCUGCGAUGUGUAUCCUUUGCUGAAACUGGCUUGCACCGACACCUACAGAAUUGGUCUCUUGGUAAUUGUCAAUUCGGGUCUGAUUGCUUUGGUGACGUUCGUGAUUUUGAUGGUGUCUUAUUUUCUGAUACUAUAUACCAUCAGGGCUUCCCCUGCAGAGAGCCGUGCCAAAGCUCUUUCCACUUGCAGUUCUCACAUCACAGUUGUGGUCCUGUUUUUUGUGCCUGUCCUCUUCGUUUACAUCAGACAACCCACAACUUAUCCAGAAGAUAAAGUGUUUGCUCUUUUCUACACCAUCAUUGCGCCCAUGUUCAACCCUCUAAUCUACACACUCAGAAACAUGGAGAUGAAGAAUGCUCUGAGAAAAGUGUGGUGCCGGAAAGCACUUUUGAUCGGAAGGCAAAUCAUCUGA